GGAGUGGAUCAGCGUGGUUUGGUACAACCUGGUGAAGUUCAGCGUGGUUUGGUCCAACCUGGUGCAGUUCAAUAUAGUUUGAUGCAACCUGGUGCAGUUCAGCGUAGUUUGGUGCAACCUGGUGCAGUUCAGCGUGCUUUGGUCCCACCUGGAGUGGAUCAGUGUGGUUUGGUCCAACCUGGAAUGGAUCAGCGUGGCUUGGUCCAACCUGGUGCAGGUCAGCCUGGUUUGGUCCAGCCUGGCGCAGGUCAACUUGGUAUGGUGCAGCCUGGAAUAGAUCAGCAAGGUUUGGUGCAACCUCAGGCAGAUCCACGUGGCUUGGUACAACCUGGUGCCUAUCCUCUUGGUUUGGUCCAACCUGGUGUAUAUUUGCAUGAUUUGUCUCAAUCUGGGACAUAUCCACAUGGUUUGGUGCAGCCUGGAAUGGAGCGAUAUGGUUUGAGACAAUCUGGUGCAUAUCAGCCAGGCUUGACAGCACCAGGCACAAAGCUUCGUGGCUCUUCAACAUUCCAGGCAGAUUCUACAGGUUUUAUAUCAGCACGUCCAUAUCAACAUGGUAUGGUACCUCCUGGCAGAGAACAACAUGGCCAGAUGUCACCACUUCUAGCCAGUCAAGGUUUGGCAUCACCUGGUAUAGACCAAAGGAAUUUGGUACCACCAGAAACUUAUCAGCAAGGUUUGAUGCAUCCUGGCACAGACCAUCACGGCCCAAUACCAUUGAGUACAGGUUUGGGAUCUACACACCCAGAUCAACAGCAUUUGGCAUCACCUGACCCAGGUUACCUCAUUGCUGAUCAGCAUGGCCAGGAAGGUUUGGAUCCAAGCAGAACACGAGCCUCGGACCAACCUGGAAUUCCUGUCCAGAAGGCCCCAGGCCAAGAUGUCACCCUUUUCCAGAGUCCAGACUCCCUCCACCGAGUCUCAUCAGAAAGGAGCGAAGUCUCGAGUGAAGUCCUGAGUGAGCGACGCGAUUCACUGCAUAAAAUGAGUUCUAGUUUCCCCACGGCAGUGGAGACAUUUCGUCUGCUGGGAGAGCUCAGUGGCCUCUAUGUGGGGCUAAAGGAGAGUGUGAAGGAUCUGGAUGAGGAGCAGGCUGGCCAAACCGACGUGGAGAAGAUCCAGUUCCUGCUGACACAGAUGGUCAAAAGGACCAUACCUUCUGAACUGCAGGAGCAGCUGAAGACUGUAAAGACACUAGCCAAAGAAGUUCGACAGGAAAAAGCAAAAGUGGAAAGGCUGCAAAGGAUCCUGGAGGGGGAAGGGAAUCAAGAAGAAGGGAAGGAACUGAAAGCUGGAGAGCUGAGAUUACAGCUGGGUGUCCUCAGAGUCACCGUGGCUGACAUUGAGAAGGAGCUGGCCGAGUUGAGGGAGAGCCAAGACAGGGGCAAGGCCGCCAUGGAGAAUUCUGUCUCUGAAGCCUCCCUUUACCUGCAGGACCAGUUGGACAAGCUCAGGAUGAUCAUUGAGAGCAUGCUGACCUCCUCCUCCACGCUCCUGUCCAUGAGCAUGGCCCCGCACAAGGCCCACACCUUGGCUCCUGGCCAGAUCGACCCUGCGGCUACCUGUCCAGCCUGCAGCCUGGAUGUGGGCCACCAGGUCAGCAUGCUGGUGCAGCGCUAUGAGCAACUCCAAAACAUGGUCAACAGCCUGGUUGUCUCCCGACCCUCCAAGAAGGCCAAGCUUCAGAGACAGGACGAGGAGCUGCUGGGCCGCGUGCAGAGUGCCAUCCUGCAGGUACAGGGCGACUGCGAGAAGCUUAACAUCACCACCAGCAACCUCAUCGAGGACCACCGGCAGAAACAGAAGGACAUUGCUAUGCUGUACCAGGGUCUGGAGAAGCUCGAAAAGGAAAAGGCCAACAGGGAGCACCUGGAGAUGGAGAUUGACGUGAAAGCCGACAAGAGUGCUCUGGCCACCAAAGUGAGCCGUGUCCAGUUUGAUGCCACCACGGAGCAGCUGAACCACAUGAUGCAGGAGCUGGUGGCCAAGAUGAGCGGGCAGGAGCAGGACUGGCAGAAGAUGCUGGACAAGCUGCUCACAGAGAUGGACAACAAGCUGGACCGCCUGGAGCUGGACCCAGUGAAGCAGUUGCUGGAGGAUCGGUGGAAAUCGCUGCGACAGCAGCUCAGGGAGCGCCCCCCACUCUACCAGGCAGACGAGGCGGCUGCCAUGCGGAGGCAGCUCCUGGCACAUUUCCACUGCCUUUCAUGUGACCGGCCCUUGGAGACACCUGUGACCGGACACGCCAUCCCCGUGACCCCCGCGGGUCCACGCCUACCUGGCCACCAUUCCAUCCGCCCCUACACGGUGUUUGAACUGGAGCAGGUCCGGCAGCAUAGCCGCAACCUCAAGCUGGGCAGUGCCUUCCCUCGGGGUGACCUGGCGCAGAUGGAGCAGAGCGUGGGGCGCCUGCGCUCCAUGCACUCCAAGAUGCUGAUGAACAUCGAGAAGGUGCAGAUCCACUUCGGGGGCUCCACCAAGGCCAGCAGCCAGAUAAUCCGCGAGCUGCUGCACGCCCAGUGCCUGGGCUCCCCCUGCUACAAACGGGUGACAGAUAUGGCCGAUUACACCUACUCAACUGUGCCCCGGCGCUGCGGGGGCAGCCACACCCUCACCUACCCCUACCACCGCAGCCGCCCGCAGCACCUACCCCGGGGCCUGUAUCCCACCGAGGAGAUCCAGAUUGCCAUGAAGCGUGAUGAGGUGGACAUCUUGGGCCUGGAUGGCCACAUUUACAAGGGACGGAUGGACACAAGGCUGCCAGGCAUCCUCAGCAAAGACAGCUCAGGGACCUCAAAGCGCAAGUCCCAGCAGCCCAGGCCCCACGUGCACAGGCCACCAUCCCUCGGCGGCAAUGGCCACCUGCCUUCCCGGCCACAGAGCGCCCAGAUGUCAGCUGGCAACAUCUCAGUUUCUUCGUGUCAACAGAAAGACAGACCUUCCUCCGAGGGCCGUCUCUCCUAGCCGAACACAGCCCACCCGCCCAGCUCUGCCGCGGUGGCAAACAGGGGGCUGGAGAGGCACAUGGACAUGCCUCCUGGGGAGGGGCUCGAGGAGCCCACACAGGGGCCACGGUCCAGCACUGCUCAGUGAGCGGAGGUAUAAAUAAAUGUUCAGGAGGAAGUGUAGGUGCGGCGAAUCUUCUCUGGCAGUCCUGGCUCAGGAAGAUGGAGGGAAAGGGAAGUACCCGCUGCUGGCCAGGCAGCCCCUCCACGUGCCUCCAGACCACCCCCAGGCCCGUCCACUCAGUAGACCUUCUCUUGGACAGUAGGUCUGGUUUGUAGCCUGAAAGUGAGUCCUCAGCUUCCGUUCUCCAAGGGCGCCAGGGCUUCGGGAGGGCUGGACACUGCGCUGGGGACAGGCAGACUCCUGGCCCUGGGACCAGCUGGGCCAGCACUCACCCAACCAGCUCUCUCCCGGCCUCGGCUAGACCCGGGGUGCUCUGCCUUCUGGCCCUAGACCUGCCUUCUAGCCUGGGGGGCUGGGGCCCGAGCUGUCAGUGUCCAGCACUCUAGGCGUGAGGGUGGCAGCUGCCUGCUGUGCUCUUGCUGCUGGCUCAGGGUGGUUCCUGACUCCUGGCGUGGGAUUCCAGGGCAGCAGUGCCAAUGGCUGGAGGCGAACCCCUGCAGCUGGCUGGGCAGGUUUCUGUUUGCUGCCCUCUGCUGCUCUCCCUUGAGUGGGCUGCUGCAGAGACAGCCGGGGCCUGAAAGCUCAGACCAGGGGCUGCUGUGGCUAGGAUGCAGUUUCCCCAUUCCCCGCCUAGAAAAAGACAUCCAGGUGACGGGUGGACACGUGGUGCGAGCCCGGCGCUUGUCACUUGUCGUGAUUUGCUUCCCUCUGCCCUAGCUCCGACACUUGCAGGCAAGGGACUCACUAAAGGUCUUGGCAGGUGAGGGGACAGAGGAGUGCAGGUGGGACUGGGCUCCGGCUGGUGCAGCAAUUGCUAGAGACGAGCCCGCAUCAUUGCUCCAACCCACUGGAAGCUCCUGAGACCAAGGAGUCCCCUGACCUCCUGAGCUUGGACUCCAGCCAGAUUCUAGGGGUCCCCCAGUAGAUGAGAGUGGCCCCCCCCACCCUGAGGUUUAUAAAGCCCUGAAGUCACCAAAGCCUUUCUGCCUCAGAGGCUCCCCUCUUAGAGAAAAGGAAGUGCUCAGAGUUGAGAACGGGGCUCCCCCCACCCCCAGUUCCCAUCUCCCCAGUAUGGGAAAGGGAUGUCUGGGGCAAGAGGCCCGCUUUGGGGUGUGAGGAGACAAAAUCACACAGGAAAGGAAAAUGUGGCGACAAACAGCCCAGAAAAAGGCUUCUGCCCCGACCCCGGCAUGGGCAAAGUGGGGCAGGCUUGGCUGGGUCUGGUGGGCGCUUCCUCCUGGCCUGUUCUUCGGAGACCCAGGGAGUCUUCGUGUAAUGAUGCCAUGCUCAGAGCUGGACAGAAGAGAGGAGCUGCUCAGACAGCGGAGCCCCAGAACCCUUGCCCUGCCUGUGUUCCAGCAGGACUUGGGCUCCGCAGACCCCAGCAGAGGGCGAGGUGGGAGGACGGGACAGGAAGGGGCUGCCUGGACAGUGUGUGGUGGCGAAGGGCAGGGCUGAGGAGGAAUCCCAGCCACGCGGCCAUCACCCCCAUUGGCCAGGUGGACAGGCUCCCCACGCAGCCGACCUCCCGCGCCUCAGGACCAGGACAUACUGCCCUGGGAAGCUGAGGGGAGGAAUAUGAGAGAUGAGCCCAGCUGCAAGAUGCCUCCUGGGAGGGCCUGGGGGGCCAUCAGGAGACCCCAGCUAGAAGAAAGCUCUCCCCACCGCAGAGGGAAAUGAAUUCCAGCGCUCCGCCCUAGGACUCUGUGGGUGGGGGCUACACCGAUGGGGCCAAGAAGGGAAGGUCACAGCAACUCAGGAUGGACCCCGGCCCCUCCCCCAUCCCCACACCAGCCUGGACCGUGCUGUCAAGAGCCCCUGGUGUGACCACCCCCCAGUAAAAACCAUCCAGACCGGCCCAAUGGCAAGGGACCCCCACCACCCCUUCUGAGGAGACUGCUUUUCCCACCAACGGAAAUAAAAGCACCGCAAA